UUCAAAGAGCUUCUCUCUGCCCCGCCGCAAUAAAGGCAGAUAGCGGACCAUGGGGAGCAGGGGAAAACUUUUUAUACUGACAUGUUAACGCCAUGACUUUUGAGUAACAUCUAAGUGGGACGAGGCUCCCGGCGUGAGGAGGACAGGGCCUUUUACAGAAAGAAGAAGAAGAAAAGGGAACACUUGCCAUCAGUUUGGGGACGGGGACGGGAAAAAAGCAAGAUUUGAGACGAGUCCAGCAAAAAAGAAAAAAAAGAAGCGGUGGAAAUCCAGUUUGGACAUUUGAAUGGAAAGAUGAGCUUGCUGUCUGCCAUAGACACGAGUGCCUCCGUGUACCAGCCGGCUCAACUUCUCAACUGGGUCUAUCUCUCCUUACAAGACCCCCACCAGACCAGCGCCUUUGACGCGUUCAGACCCGAACCCAACUCUUCCCACCCGGAUCUCAAUUUCAGCAAGACUCCCGCAGCGGCGGAUUUGAGCUCUUCCCUGAACUCCAACUAUCUCAACAACUUCUUCCAGCUGCAGCGAAAUGAGGCCUUAAACAACAACGUGUAUAAGAACGUGUCUCCCUAUGGUUCCCUGAACAAUAUUGUGGACGGACUCAACUCCCUGACGGACCAUUUCUCAGACCUUUCCCUCUCUUCUGAAACAAGAAAACCGAACAAAAGACCCCCACCCAACUACUUGUGCCACCUGUGCUUCAACAAGGGCCACUAUAUCAAAGACUGCCCUCAGGCCAGACCCAAAGGUGAAGGACUGACACCCUACCAAGGGAAGAAGAGAUGCUUUGGAGAGUACAAGUGCCCUAAGUGUAAGAGGAAGUGGAUGAGUGGCAACUCCUGGGCUAACAUGGGACAAGAAUGUAUCAAAUGCCACAUCAACGUCUAUCCACACAAACAGCGACCUUUAGAGAAGCCAGAUGGCCUGGAUGUGUCUGACCAGAGUAAGGAGCACCCCCAACACCUGUGCGAGAAGUGUAAAGUCCUUGGCUACUACUGCCGCCGUGUGCAAUAAAUAUUCAUCAUUAUUCAGUGGCAGAGAGGAGCCGCUCCAUCCCAAACCCUGUUUUUUUUAAUCCGCCAUUGAGACAUUAUACAUCCUCCCUUCCCGGUCCACAUCCAGAUUUCCCUCAACACGACAUGGCACCCUUUCUUCUUCACGUCUUCCUCCCAGUGUCUCGGAAACAUCUAAUGUAGACAUUCGGUCUAAUCCUCCCAAAUCUCCUGAUGCCUUCCUUUAUUACCACAUCAAUUAAUUCUGCUCCCUCUCCUCAGCCACUUGUGGAGCAUAGACUUUAGUCAUUCUUCUCCUCUUUCAGUGACAGUACAUCCAAGAAUAUGUUUGAGGGUCACCCUCUAUCUCUUGAAGUGCUCUUCAAAACAGCAAAAAAAAAAAAAAGGCCAAAAUGAUUGACUUUUUAUGCCUUGUGUAUCAGAACCACACGAUUAAUUUACUCAAUACUCAAUGUUUAACAACAGAAAAUUAUUAUAUUGAUGAUUUAGCACCAGGGUUGUAUUUCCUUGGCAUCACUGACAGUAUUUGUCUCAAUAGAUUACCUCACCUUGGGGUUUGUUGGCUUUGUGUUUACAGAGAUCUGCUUUCCAUUUCCCUGCCAAGCGAAGUGUGUGGAGAUGUGACGAACGUUUAACCGGGGCCUCUCAUGAUGGCAUAAUGUAUACGAGGCCUUUGAUGUCUUGCCUUAUUAGGGUCAGCAGCACAUCUUAUUAACUGUGAAUUAACCGAGGGAUAAUGUGCCAUGCAUCCCUAGCUUACAUUUGGCCUAUUUAUUUUCUUGUUGUCUCGUGUGCAAUUUGAAUUUUAACUGGGACAUAAAGAGACAUUUUUGUAUGUUUGUAUAUCGCAUUAUUGUGUAACUGCUUCCACUUGUCUUUAGAAACUACUGUAGGUUCAGUUGUAUAAAAUGCUCCUUGGGCUAGAUUUAGUGCAUUGCUAAUAGGUAACGCUUCAUUUAUCCUAUUCCUAUUUUUGUUGUUGUUCUUGUCGUUCUUGCCUCUCAUAUAUUUGUUAGUGUUGGAAAAAAUAGACACUAGAUAGGCAGAAGAAGCUGUGGGGAAAAAUGGUUCAGUAAUUGUUGGCAGUCACAUAUUUUCCUUGUUUCAAAACUAUUGAUAAAAUGCUUGCCACAGCUUGUUUAGCAUUGAUAAACAUGAUUUUGGACCCUAAACUGUUCACAUAAAUCCUGAAUAGAUUUUAACCACAAGAUAGCAAAAUACAAAAGGAGCUGUUUGCUUGACAGAGAUUCAGAGAGACUUUUUUAUCCAAGUUUUAGUGCCAGUUGAUGUCUGGCAGCCUCAGUGGAGUCGGUGAAGCAAGAUGGAAAACUUUCCAAGGGCUUGCACACUGAAGAAACUAUGUCCAACAGCUAAUUGCAGCGUAGAGUGCCUAAAGGGAGGUGAAGCUUUGGAGAACUUUGCUUUUCAGGUUUGUCGAGAGACAGAAAGGUGGUUUGUGAUAUGUUGAUGCUGAAAAUUCAUGGCUGUAUUGAAAUUUAUGGUGAGUUAAGUUUACAUUCGUUUUUAUGGGGCCUUAUAUCAUAAACCAUAUCUUUAAAGUGGAACUAUUAUGUAUUUUUUUCUCAUUUCUUGUUAUACAUAUAUACAUCCAGGCAUCCCUGAAAAAGAGAAUUUUCCGGGUUAGCAAGCUAGUUUCCACCUAAAGACGAUAUGCCAUGUUCUGACUAAAGUAUUUCUAAAGAACAAGCACAACAUUUGACAUAAACACAGAUGUAAAACAAAAAAGCAGUGACAUUUGGAGUAUCAUUGAGUAAUAAUUUGGAUUAUUGAAGUUAGGCUAGCAGAAGAUGCUAAAAAUAUGCUACCUGGUGGCUAGCUUUAGAGCUAGCUAUUAGCUUAAGCUAAUAUAAACACUUUGCUAACAAAAAAUGUAAGAAUUGAGUUAAAUUGUUCAUGCCGUUCAGCUGGGAGAAAUAAAUCCAUUACAGAGCAGGAAGAAAAUGCUAAAAACCAGAUCAAAUUUCAGCCAAAAGAGCAUCUUAGAUUAGCACAACCGCUACAUUAAUAUGUGACUGUAUGGUUUGAUUACUGGCUGUAAAAAAGUCCUGAUCCUAAGCCCAAGGUCCACACUGAAAUCUUGGUGUGAUUCUUUUGUGAAUCCUUUAAAUAUUUGGUGUUCGGGGCAAAGUAUUACAACACAUUAAAAAGAUGACAACCUCAACCAGUGCAGUAGGAGCUUGGACCAGGAAACAGGGCUGAUCCUAAAUGAGCUAAAAUGUCAUUUUUAAGAUCGUAGGGCACCCCUGAGAAAUAUUUAUUAUUUUAAACCUAAACACACAAAAGUACAUCACUGUAGCCCACAAAUAAAAACACUCAUCUGGAAAUGAGCAUAAUAGAGCCACUUUAAAGGAAAAGGAAUACCCACUGUGGUUCCAUAUAUCACUAUGCAGAUGUGAAGCACUAAAGAGGAAACUAUUCUAGUUAUCAUUUAUGGAAAUCUGCUUUUCAAGGAUCCUUGGUAUAGGAAUUGUGAACUGUUUUAUAUGUACUGUAUUUCUAGCCUUACAAAAACUGGCUGACAAUAUUUUAUACUAUAACAUACUGUAUGUGCCUUAAAACGAUUGUGUCAAGGCUAAGAGGCCAUUUGAAGUUUCAAAGAUUUGUGGCGAGAGACUCAGAGGUGGAGCAGUAUUAUGUGCAUGUGGUUAACUGUGAUGCAGAGUAAGUUUGUUGUAGGUUCAAGAUGUGACACAGGACAGAAAAACGAUAAAGCUCCGCUAUUAGCGGUUGAACUGGCAUAGUGGGUGUUCGAUUCAUGUUGGAGGCACAGGCUGAAACAGCAUUUCCAGCUGGCAAAAACAAUCUUACUGUGGUCUGUUGUCAUGGAAUAUCAACAGAGAUGUUAUUUCUUAGUCGAUCCUCACAACAGAAUGAAGUUGACACAAACUGUGGACCUCACUCAUUGUUAUUUUUAUCUGUUAUCAUUAUGUUUUUUCAAGGAAACCGUGGGUUUUGUGAAAAAACACACAUUGUUACUUGCUUUAGUGGAAAUGGAUGAUAUUGGUGCAUUACACUGUUGGGAAAUUUAACUAAAUUCCAUCCGUUGAUUUAAAAGGGCACUCCAGUGAUUUACUAUUCCAGCUUCACCAGUUGGGAGGCCUGCAGGAGACACUAAAUAACAGUGCAUGCAGCAGUGGAUGAAAUAUCUUUACUUUCAGUUUGGCUCAAGCUCCAAAAAUGCAUCGACUAUUAUGCAACUCAGUAGCCUUUUAAAGUAAGCUCCAUAGACUGUAUAUAAACAAUGGAUUUCAAAAGCAGCAUCAGUGUUAAGACAUCUUAAAUUUACAUUCUUUGUAAUGGCCAAUAAAGGAUCGACUUCUGUGGUUGUAAAUGGACUUGAAGUCCAAAAGCACUUUUUACCACAAACCUCAUUCACCCAAUCAAACACAAAGCACUUUUACUGUUACUGUAGGCUCUGUAUAAUACUUACGUACACACUCACACUCCGAUGAAUGCAUCGGGAGCAACUUGAGCUUCAGUACCUUGCCAAAGGAUUCUUCGGCAUGCAGAUUAAAGGAGCCAGGGAUCCAUUUGGUAGAUGACCUGCUCUACCUCCUAAACCACAACCAGAGAAAAUGAUCCACCAGCUCACUUUGAGUAUUGAGGUUUAUUUGUAUUUCCCAGCUGGUUGCUGGCAGUUGCUGGGAUAUUAUUGCUAAAGUCUGAAUUGUGGAGAUGUACAGAUCAGUCAGUGACCCCCUGGCAACCACCUGUUGCUAAGAAUCCUGUAUUCCCCAGCUGAUUAGCAAAAACCUCCUCCAAAAAAAAUGGAGGCUUGCCUUCAAAGUUGCACAUUUUCAAACAUGCUAGCUCUCCCUGGCAACCACUAGGGACUCCCUGGCCCCUACUCGUCGCCAAGGGGUCCCCACAUUUUUCUUUGGCAGUCGCUGAGGAAAAAUGUGUAUUUCACAACUGGUUGGUAAAAAACCCAUUUAUAUACCUUUGGUCACUAGCAGAUGAUCACAGUUACUCUUAGUUUGCAUGGAAUGAGCUGACUUGUCCACAAACACUGGCCAGCUAAUCUCCGUGGGGAAGUGACACAAACUGGAAACAGAAUGUUUUCCUUAAAAGUAGAAGUUGUGUCUUCUGCUUUUAGUUUGCAAGUGAAUGUUUUCUGUUUCUAGUUUGCAUCAGUGUUUGCAGAAAAGGAAGGCGUUGGCUUUCACGCAAACAAUCUGCUAGUGACCAACGCGAUUGCGAGGUGGUUUCUGGUGCAGUGCCCUCUUUGCAACCAGUUUUACUCAGCCACAGGAACCACUUGUCAACUAGGCAGGAAAUAUACAUUUUUCUCACAUGAAUGUUGGUUGUAUCACAAUUACUUCUCAAUCACUGGUUUCAAGUCUUAUUUAAUACAGUGUGAUUUUUUUUUUUAAAUAUGGCCCAUCUUUCAAAUUCACUUGAUGAACAAGUUGGCCAAAAUACUCAACUCGUAGCUUCAGAAUCAAAGUCCAAAAAACCUUGAAGUGUCCAAGUCCAUCUUCUAUAUACAGUCUAUGCUAGACUCCCCAGCCUACUAAAUGCUGACAAUAAAACUCCUCAGUUUUUAACACAAGCCUUGUGAUUUUUUCACAAUGACAAUGACCCUCCACAGCCCCAGAAGAUAUCACAGUAGCUAAAGGGCAAAUCUGUGGAGUGUCCCUUUGAAGGAGUAACUGAAAACACUUUGUUGCAUUUAAAGUAAAGACCCAGUUUUUAUGAAAGAUUCACCACUGUUGGGAACAACCCAUUUUUCUUCUUAUUAAUGUCUGUUUUUGUUCUAUGUAAUGACACUAGGCUAACAGGUCUCCCAUAACCUUAUUUUCCACAUUAGACCAUGUGGCUGUAGUGAAAGGAAUACAUACCAAUGAUGCCUUAUGAACUAACCUCAUAAAGAAAUAACAUUAUUAGUUAUUGUGAAUCACGUUAAUGUUGAUAAAUCCUGUCAGAGAGUUCGAUUCCGCCCAGAGACAUGUUAUGAGGAGGUCAUUUAAAAUGGCAACUCAAGAGCCAAUGGAAGCAGCUGAUACAUUUUAAAAGAAAAAAAAGAAAGAGAAAUCUCUGCUUUCAGACGUAGUGUCUUGAAUUACAUAUACUUGACUUUUCUAGUACCUUUUCAGUUCAAAAUUGUUAUUUUCUAUGAAUGAGAUGUGUAUUUUGGAACUCUUAAUAGAUGUUGAAAAUUUUAAAGCAAUCUGCAAAAAAUCAAGAGUUAUUUCCCUGACAAAGAUCGACUGUUUUAUGUAUAUAUUUGAUGGCCAUCGUUUUCAAUGAUAGUAGCUCUUUUGAAGUGUUGAAGCAAUAUCAAAGCUUUUUCUCUUUCCGGCGUGAAGAAGGGCCUAUUGCUGAGAAAUAAUCAAAGCUGGGAGUUGUUGUUUUUUUUUUUCUUCUUCUUUAUGUUUUACAAUAAUCUGAAGGGUUAUCCUGCAGAAAUAUUUAUGGAAAGACUUUUUACAACACUUUUUGUAUAGAAUAUGCAACAAAGUUACACUAAGAAGGAAAUAUUGAUGUCUACAUAGAAUAUUAUUAAAAAGAAAAAAAAGCUGGUACAUAAUUAAUAACCUUUCUCAAUUAUAAGCCAUUGUAUUUUUUUUCCCUGUGUGUGUGUUUUUGAUUUAUUGAUGUUAUCAGUGUUGAAUAACCCAUUAUUCAGUUGCUAUGUGACUAAUUAUGAGCUGCCAUAUGCAUCCAUACAGCCACGUGUAUUCAUUUUGUAAACGAUAUUAUGAAAAUAUAAUGUGUUAACAUGCAGAAAAGUCUGUUUUUCUUAAUUAGUGACGGAUACUCACCACUGUAUAAACGCAUUAAACUGUGAGAUGUAGUUUGGUUAAAGCAGCGAUGACAAGAAACUAUUAUAAAAUGUUAUAUUAGUAGUGUAGCGAGUGUAUACUUCUGUCAAGGAAGCGUGUGUGACAAAGAACUAUUUUAGAGUUUGCAUGUGCAUGUGUUUUGGUUUUGAAUGAAAUAUCCCCUUUUUUGUGCAAUGUAUACCUAUUUAAAUACCUUACAGUAGUUUGCUAAAGUAAAUAUUGUUUUUAACAUUAUCAGCAACGUCUGAUUGUUAUUAGUCCUCAUUUACCGGAAAUGUAGCCUCUGCAGAUAAUACAUAUUUACUGAAUGUAAUGUGUUAACACUUAAGUGGUCGAGUUGGAGAGUCUCGUUUGUAUUCUUUACUGUCUGUAUCACUUGAGAUGUUUGUCAUGCAGUAUUGCAAUAAUGUAAUAUUUGAUUUGGACAGAACGCAGGCGUGCGGUCGGGAAAGACAAUGAUUAUGGGAAGCAAGGACAGUCGUGGGCUCGAGAGUCGACCACAGGUCUGUUUUUCAUGUCCAUGAAAACGGCAUUCCAAAAUGUGCCUUAUUUGUUAGUUGGGAAAACAUUUUAGUGCUGUUCAGAGUUUGAUGAAUAAAAGUCACAUUGAAUUAAA